GAUGUCACGUGACGCCACGAUCACCGUGCGAUUGGUUCGCUCCUUUGAGCACCGCAACUUCCGCCCCGUCGUGUACCAUGACGUGAAACUGGAUCAGCGCGUGUCUGAGUUCCUGCAGCAUGUGAAGAGAGAUGUUGCCACAAGAGCAGGAUUGCCGCCUCCGUUUCGGACGUACUCGUACGAUACCAUGAAGAUCAUUCACCAAGCCCACGGAUCUAAGACGAAUGAAUUAGUGGUGAGUUUGGAAGACGACAACAAGCUGCUUCUCCACGAAGACCAAACCCUGCGAGAAGCCGGCGUAGCCCACGAGACCGAGGUGGCGCUCUUCUGUGCCCAGGACUACCAAGCCUACAAAGCCCACCCUGUGUGCACGUGGUGAGCGGGACCCCCUGACCCCACGGAGCCUGUGCCACACCGGAGCUCCGCAGAAAGCUGCCAGCAGGGGGAGCCACCGAUCGACUCGUUCACUCGUCCCAUUAACCCUCCGGGGACGUUUGCCUUGCUACCCACAAACGCCGCAGACCUGUGGGAACGUGAUCCUGGCGUGUGACCGUGUGCUUAGCGUGUGGAAAUAUUUAUUUUUGUUAAGUUUCAAACAUAAAUUUAUUAACUCUUAA